AUGGGACAAUGGCUGCGUUGUCUCUGUCUUGCAAACAGCCCAGGACGUAGCGCCGAGAUACCGUUCGCACUCGAAUGUCACACCCCGAUAAGCCGAUGGACGGUGACCUUUCUUCGACAUCGGCCUCGAACGGAAGCACCUUGGAACGGGCGUGGGCUGAGGCUGAGCAUAGGUUCUGCACGAUACAGCACCCCGUACAGUACUGUACAAUGUCUGAAUGUGGUAUUAAUAAAACCAGACAUUGACAUGGAAGUGAAUUUUCUCAAAGACAAAGGCGAAACAGGCCCAGAAGGCAACUGCCACUACCACCUGCAACCUGUCUCCACCAGAUGUAGGUACAUGUACUUGAUAUGGCAACAUACUGGGCAUUAUAGAUGCAAUUGCCACAGCCCGCUCCUUCCUGUUACAGACAUCACAAACUCGAAAUCCAGAGACAGGCUGCAGACAGGCCAAGAAAUAAACUCUUCAACCAUACAAAAACUUGGUUCGCAUCAUCUUCGGCCCUCUUCUCGUCAUCAUGAUCGCGCUAUACUUGUCAUCCAUUAUGUAUUGAUUGCAUGUCCGGCUGAUGCAUCAACCGCACUGAUCGCGUGCACCACUCAGAGCACAGUUGAUGCAGUUCCGCACCCAGGACACCAGACUCGCGUAUUGGCGCCCUCGUCCUCCCCCCCGUAUUUUUGUCACACAAUGCUGUCUGAAUAUUCUUGCGCCUUCCUGGUCGGUCCUUUCCUUUAUUCAGGUCCUAGUGCGGGAUGGGCUGUAGGCUGCAGUGUGUGUUGGGAAAAGUCCUUUUGUGGAUGGAGGUGGGAAGACCCUGACUCCAUCAACAUGCAUUUCCAACCGGGCACCCAUGAAGCCAACAGCUGA